AUGGUCAAACGCAGUCACUGUGAGCCCCACGGUGGCUCCCCCAAAAGGGCCAAGCUUGAAGAUGACGAACAAAUUAAGGAUUUGUUGCAAUGCUGGCAGGAUUUGAAUACUUCUAUGGAGACCCUCAGAAACCCUGGGCAAAUGCAGAGCUCAACAACCUUGGCUGCUGACACGGCUCUUUGUGAUCGGCUGGUUUCUUUGAGCGAACGUCUUCUAAAAUCGACCCAGGCGCUGGCAUCGCAGAGCCGCGGCGACCAUGCCAAGCCAGUCAUCUCCUCCGGCGACACCAUCGCAGUGUCUUCACAUGGUUCAUACACGAAGUGGACCUCUGACGACAUUCAAAACGGCCUACCUCCCCUUCCUGAGAUCAAGGAUGCCUCUAUAGAAAAGGCAGCCUUCACUCAUUCAUCAAACAUGGUGGGCAGUAGAGGCAGCGGCCCCCAGUCCUACGAUCGCCUUGAGUGGCUAGGGGAUGCGUAUCUGGAGCUCUUCGCGACUUGCUUCAUUUAUCAGACGUUCCCAGCCUUGUCACAUGGUGCCUCCUCACAGUUGCGAGAAGUGCUGAUAAGGAACGACUCUCUUGCUCAAUGGACACAAGCGUACAGUUUGGAGAAGAGAGCCAGGCUCCCUCCAGAAUUCAUGGGUUUAAAUCCUGGCGGACAAGCUAUGAUGCAGAAGAAACGGACCAAGAUUUAUGGUGAUCUUUUCGAAGCUUAUGUCGGCGCAAUUAUAGCCUCUGAUCCCGUCCAUGGAACUGACCGCGCAGCAGCCUGGCUCAAGUCGCUGUGGGCGCGGAAGUUAAAAAGCGAAAUCAAAGCGGAAGAAAAGAGACAGCGCUCCCUAGUCACGAGUACAGACAGCCUAGAAUCCGAUUCCACCAAGGGGCCGACUGACAACUGCACUCUUGCAGCACCAAGCCCAAUUCGAACACCAAAGGAGACUUUAGCAGCCAUGCUUGUCGUUAAGGGAAUCAAACUUAGUUACGUUGAUCUUCCUCCUCCGAAAAAGAAGGACAAAAACAACAAGUUGCCUCUGUUCGCCGUGGCUGUCGUUUUGGACGGUUGGGGGGAGUCUGGAUUACAGCUGGGUGUGGGAGUGGCGAAGAGCAAGUCAGAGGCAGGCCAGGCCGCGGCGCAGAGGGCUCUAGACAACAAGAAACUGAUCACAAAAUAUUCGGAAUUAAAACGGGCGUCACUGUCCUCUAGCGCCUAG